AUGUCCACCACCAUCGCUGCCAGCUUCCAGGGUGUCCCUCUCAGUCAGCUCUUCCCAGAGCAGAAGGAAGGCUGGAGAGGGUAUAUAGAGUGGGAGAACGAGCCGAAACGCAAGGAGAUUGCGGCCAGGAUCCUCAAGACCAAGAAGUUCACCCCCAGUCCUGAAUUCCAGCUCGAGCCUCUCCCCAAGACCAAUCCGGUCCUCAUCGGGCACCGCUGGAAGGAGUAUCAUGCUGCCCUCGGAUUACAACGCAUCGUCGAUAUCAGCUGGCAAACCGUGCUCAAAGAGAAGCCGGAUAUGAUCCAUCUCCUCGAUUUUCCGUACAACGGCGAGACGCCGCGUAAACCCCUCAUGCAGGGAAAACUCACGGACAACAAGCUUCACUUUGUUCGCAACCACGGCGGCAUCCCCGACAUCGACGAGGACAAGUAUGAGCUUGAAAUUGGCGGCCUCGUGAACAAGCAUUGCCGCAUCAGCCUCAAAGACCUCAAGGAUCCGGCCAAGUUCCCACAAAUCACCAUGACAGUCACACUGCAAUGCAGCGGGACACGACGUAUCGAGCAAAUUCAAGAAUACCCCGGCGAGGGGGACGAGUUGAUUCAAGCCCCCUGGGGAGAAGGCGCGAUUGGCACGGCGGUCUACCGUGGUGUAUCGCUCAAGAAAGUGCUCAAGAUUGCAUCCGGCGGCAUCCAGCCCGAGGCCAAGCACAUUGAAUUUAUCGCCGCAGAUACCUACUUUAAGAAAGGUCAGGUCUUCAAUUACGCCGUAUCCGUGCCGUACCGCAAGGUGCGCCAGGCGGACGAAGUGCUCCUCGCGUGGGAGAUGAACGGCGAGCCCCUGCCCAAGAUCCACGGCUUCCCGCUGCGCGCUGUCAUCACGGGUGUCAUCGGCGCGCGCAGCGCGAAGUGGAUCACGAGGAUCAACGCGCUCGCGGAGCCCAGUCUUGCGCCCGUGCAGUCGCAGGAGUACAUCUACUACACGCCCCAGAUCGGGAAACAGAAUGUCCAGUACUCGACCGGGUUCUCCAUUCAGAACAUGCCCGUCUCGAGCGCCAUUAUAUUCCCGCAGGACAAGGAGCUCAUCGUGCACGAUGGGGCGAUCGAGCUUACUGGCUGGUCCUACAGUGGCGGCGGCAACUGGGUCGAGCGUGUCGAGGUGUCACCUGACGGCGGACAUAUCUGGUAUGCCGUCAAACCGGAGGACCUGACCGAAAAGCACUACCACGCGUGGCGUCUGUGGAAGAUCCGCGUUCCAGUCGACGCCGAGGGCUGGAUUGAGUUCUGCGUGCGCGCAUGGGACUCGUCGUGCAACACGGAGCCGACGUUCGUGCGCUCCGCGUGGAACUGGGACCUGCACGUCACGUCGUCCGCGCACCGCAUCAAGCUCUACAGCGUGAACAAGACGAAGCCUGCGACCGCGGCGCGCCUCGCGCAGUUUGCUGCUCGCGGAGAGUCGAUCGCGCCGCUGACGAGGCCCAGUGAGGCGUCGCUUGAGGACAUGACGGCGUUCGUAGAGGCGAUGCGCAAGUACCCCCGCGAGCCGAGGACGGAAAAUUAA